CGCACAUUGUCAUCGUCUUCUUCGUCUCUUUCUCCAUUACAACACCGACAAUUGAUUAUCAUUUAUUAAUCAAUCAACUAAUCACAAUUAAUGAUCUACCUUCUUGAUAUCAUCUAGUGUUUCCCCCUAUUUCUACCCACUUAGGCACACCAAAUCCUCAAAUCUCAUUCAAUAAUCGCACCUUAUGUGUUUCCUCAUCACCAUAUAAUUUGGGUAUUUUCACAACAAUGAAUAAGAACCAAAGAGUUUUGAUCUACUUACAUUCAAUCUGUUACAAACUCUGAGUUGACUGAAGUCAAAAUGAAGAGGUCAAUUCAUCCGAUAUUCACCCUUUUGUUUCUGGGUAUAUUCGCCGUCACACUCUGCUUCCGAAUCAUGUUUUCCGGCACCAUUUCCGCCGGUUUUCAACACCCGGUUCACCGGAACAACCCACCGGUGUUCAACGACACGUUAUUACGGUUUGCAGCAGUUGAUUUGGGUGAAAAUUCGUUCAGGCAAAACGUCGAACAGUUGGUGGGUGGUGAUUUCAGAGGGUUAACUAGCGGUCGCCAGCGCUCGUCCUUGUGGGCAGGACGAUACCGUAUUGAUUUCCGAGAUAAUUCACCGAAGUUUCACCGGAUUUGGUUGGAUUUCCGGCGGUAUUUGCAGACAUGGUGGCGAAACCACCGGUUUGAGCCUGAUGUAAUGGCAGAUUUGGUAAAUAUUGUAAAGAUUUUGAAAACAGGUGUAAAUGGAAGCGAUUCGGGUUCGAAUUCGAAGUUUAAGACAUGUGCUGUGGUGGGAAAUAGUGGGAUUUUGUUAAAAUCUGAUCUUGGUAGUGUGAUUGAUGAUCAUGAGUUUGUGAUCAGAUUAAACAACGCGAGAACGAGCGGGUACGAACGCAACGUGGGUUCAAAAACGAGCCUUUCGUUCGUGAACAGCAACAUUCUGCACACGUGUGCGCGGCGAGAGAGAUGUUUUUGUCACCCGUAUGGUGAAAAAGUGCCUAUCAUGAUGUACAUGUGUCAAAUGAUGCAUUUUCUUGAUUACGUUGUGUGCGGUGAAUCACACAAGGCGCGGCUGUUGGUCACUGACCCGCGGUUUGACAUCUUGUGUGCGCGGAUUGUGAAGUAUUAUUCGGUUUCGAGGUUUGUGAAGGAGACUGGGAAGCCAUUGGAAGCGUGGGCGGGUUCACACGACGGUUCUAGUUUUCAUUAUUCUUCGGGUAUGCAGGCGGUCAUGCUUGCAUUGGGGAUUUGUGAAAAAGUUAGUAUUUUCGGGUUUGGGAAGUCAGAUUCGGCUAAGCAUCAUUACCAUACGAAUCAAAAAGUCGAGCUUCAUUUGCACGAUUAUGAAGCGGAAUAUGAUUUGUAUCGUGAUCUUGUGGAGUCGCCUAAGGCGAUACCGUUUAUCUCGGAUAAGUUCAAGUUCCCUCCUGUUGUUAUGCAUAGAUGACACGGUUUAUAUUGUUUAUAUACAUGUUGGUGAUAGUUAAAGAAUGGUAAAGGAAUAUAGAAUGUUGGAAUAUUGAGUUUGAAGAAACUCAUGUUUCUUGUUGAAGACAUUUGUUUAGGGAUUAUGUUUUAAGUGUUCUUGAUCUGGCCACUAGUGUUCUUAUUUAUCUUUUAAGAAUUUGUGUA